CAUGUACUUUUAUCUGGUCUAUCGGACUAGCUUAGCACCUUUUUCAAGUCUGUCUGAGAGGCCAAGGCUACUAAUUCUUAGUGUUCCAUACUAAGGGAUUCUUUGACUAGGGAGUAAACAUGGGGAGGAGAACUACAUAUUUAGUCAUCCUCCAUAUUUCAUGGAUCUUAUGUGAAAAUGUCUUAUCUCUGCCUACACCAAGAGUUUUAGAAUAUGAUGUGGAUGGUGGAAGGGACAUGGACAUCUUUGAUAUCAAUGAAGAGGCUGGGUUAAACCUGGUGGAGGGGGAUAUUGAGCUUGAUGAGAAACAAGGCCGGAAUUCUAUAAUAGGGGAUCAAUACAGAUGGCCAAAGACUGUUCCCUACUACUUUGAGGAUGACUUGGAGAUCAAUGCAAAAGGUGUUAUCCUGAAGGCCUUUGAACAGUAUCGCCUGAAGACCUGUAUCGACUUCAACCCCUGGGAGGGAGAGCAGAACUACAUUUCCAUUUUCAAAGGAAGCGGUUGUUUCUCAUCUGUGGGUAACCAACAUGUGGGGAAACAGAGGUUGUCCAUCGGGACCAAUUGUGACCGCAUUGCGACCAUCGAACACGAAUUCCUCCAUGCACUGGGUUUCUGGCAUGAGCAGUCACGGUCGGACCGCGAUGACUACGUCACCAUCCUGUGGGACCACAUCUCUGAGGGUAAGGAACACAACUUCAACACGUACAAUGACACCAUGUCCAGUUCUCUGGGUGUCCCCUACGACUACGGUUCCAUGAUGCACUACAGUAAGACUGCGUUCAGGAACGGUACCGAGCCCACAAUCGUCACCAAGAUCCCCGCCUUCGCUGAUGUCAUCGGUCAGCGCAUGGAGUUCAGUGAUAAUGACCUGCUCAAGCUACGGCGUCUCUACAACUGCACACGCUCCUCCACUUUCCUGGACACCUGCGACUUUGAGAGAGAGAACAUCUGUGGUAUGAUCCAGGGGCCGGGGGACCAGGCAGAAUGGACAAGGGUGACCCAGGCGCCUGGCGGGCCCAACACGGACUACUCCAACAUGGGCAAAUGCACCGGCUCAGGCUACUUCAUGCACUUGAGCACUGCCACAGGCAAACCAGCAGACACAGCCAGGCUGGAGAGCAGACUGCUCUACCCCAAGAGAAGCUACCAGUGCCUGCAGUUCUUCCUCUACAAUGGUGGUGGCGCCAACGAUCAGCUGGUGAUCCUUGUCCGAGAGUACGAUGAAGCCCACCCCAAUGGAACCCUGCGUGUUAUUCAGCCCAUAGUUGCACCACCUCAAGACCUAUGGCACCUGCACCAUGUGAGCCUGAACGUGGUCAAGAAGUUCCGGGUGGUGUUCGAGGGCAUCAAGGGUGACGCCCCCUCCACAGGUGGUCUCUCCCUGGACGACAUCAACCUCUCUGAGACUACCUGCCCCGACCACGUGUGGCGGGUGAAGAACUUCAGCCACAUCAUGGAGACCACUCCUAACGACAAACCCAUCUACAGCCCCCCGUUCAAGUCCAGAGAGGGCUACACCUUCCAGAUGGGGCUCUACCCCAGUGGGAAGGAGGGCUACGCGGGGGAGCUUUCUGCCUACGCCCACCUGGUGACCAUGACCGGUGACACAGAGGUGCGGAAGUGGCCGUGUCCGUGGAAACAGAUGACCAUGAUGCUGUUCGAUCAGAACCCAGACAUCAUGAGGCGUAUGAACAACCAGCGCAGUGUCACCACCGAUCCUACUAAGAAACUCAGUGAGACUUCAGAGCUGUUCUUCUGGGAUGACCCUCGUAAGGUGGGCGUUGAAGUGUCAGCGGCGGAUGGGACCAAAUAUUUUCGUGGGCCGGGUGCCGGGACAACCGCGUACCUCACCCAUGGCAGGGCCAAGAGCAGGGACUUCAUCAAGGGGGGAGACGCCAUCUUCCUGCUUACCAUGGAGGAUGUGUCACAUCUUACGGUGACCCAGCCCGUACCCUCCUCCACAUUGCCACCAGUCACCACGGUUACCACCGCCAUAUUGCCACCUACUGACCCCUGCACUAAGGUCACAUGUGGGAAUGAGGGCGUCUGUGUGGUGGAUGCUGGAAAUGCUCUUUGCAGGUGUGCAGUUGGUGACGACUGGUGGUACUACGGAGAGAGUUGUCAGUAUCAGGGUUCCACCCAGGACACGAUGACCACAGCGCUUAUAGCCUCUUUCUCUGUGCUGGGUGGCAUGUUGGUGGUGACUGCAGUCAGUGUGGUGUGUGUGAAGAGGAAAAACAAGAACAGCGGAGGUGGAGGAGACCGGGGCAUCACCAUGUCCAAUGUCACCGUCACAGGAAUGUAAUGUUUUUCCCCCUGCCAGAACCAAAACUAUUCAUGGCCAGCAUUAAGUAGAUGAAGAAGUUAACUACAAAAGCUACAACUCCUUCAAAUAUAAAAUGACAAAAGAUCUACUGGAAAUUCCACUUAAUGUCUCAUCCCAAUAAUGAUCUGCCUAUCAGCCAUGUAUUUUGAUCAGCCUGUUCAUUUGACAUGAUUUGUAGUUUAUUUGUGUAUGUAAAUCUCCAACUAUUUUCUUGUGUUAAAUUUUUAUUUAAACACUUGAAAGGGGGACGUGCUCUACCUCUCCCGCACAGGUUAUUUUCAUUUACCUUAACAUCCCAUUUUUUUUUGUAUUUGUGUGCAAAUUUAAAAAAAAAUCCUAAAUAUGCUAUGAAGUGUAUGUAUUGUUCAGGGCAUACGCUACAUUAGUGUUGCUGUCAUGUCAUUUUCAUAUCAGACUCUUAAUAGUUUUAAAUUGAGAAUUAUAUCUGAAAUGUUUAUUUAGUUGCAGUCAUGGAAUGGAAGGCAUUAGGGGCAUAAAUAUAAUAAGUGGUUCUAAAGUUCGUCUGAUUUUGAAAUUAAUGAGAUGCUAAUAUAAACAUUUGACAAUAUUGACCUCUUCUGGUCAUAAGGUGCACAUACAUCUGAUUUUCGAAUGAGGGCUCUAUUCAAUAAGUAGCACUGAAGUUCUGUGUUGUAGCCAGAUUGACAUUUAGAGGCAAUGUUCCCGCGUUAGCAGACACGGCAUUCACGGUAAACGCUACAUGUCAGCUCAAUUGGAAAUUACCUCUAAAUUUCAAGCGUGCUAUAGAGCCAAACUUCAGCUAUAGAGAUUGAAUAGAGCCCUUACUCAAACUAGAGCUAUAGUAUGACACAUGUGCAAUGAGAUUAUCCUGCAUUUCUGGAUAACAGUAAUUUGAAAUUGUAUUGUAAAGUAUAAUUGAAAGCUAUCAGCUAUACUUAUGGCUGUUUUUUGGUUUAUAGGAACUUAAAAUUGUAUGACCUUAAUCUGCAAAAUACAAGUGGGUCAUACAUUGAAAAAGGGGAGGAAUUACUGAGAGAAAUGAUUGUAUACAAGUUUACACAUGUGUCAAACGCACACAGAGAGAGAAUUUAAAAUGUCACUGCAAAAUAUAAAAUACCACUAGAACAACAAAGCUUACAAAUGUAAGAUUUAUUAUACCAAA